CCCACCCCACCCCAGGGUCUCUUUUGGUAGACUUCUGUAUGAGGUUAGCAUGUUCCAUAGUCUCAAAUUCAAGUCCUAGGUCUCCUGGGCUUCUCAUUUUCUGAACUUUACUGUGGUAGUCUGAUCUUUUCUGACCGAGCAUUCCUCUGAUCUUCGGACCUGCAUAUCCAUUCACACUGUCCAUUGCUGCUGGAUCUCAAAGAUCUCCUCAAACUUAACUUGGAAUAGUGGCUGUCACUCCUUCAUGCCAGUUAUUGAUGUCUCAGGAAUGGCAUUGUAAUCACGCAGCUGCACAACCCACAGGCGAGGGUAUUGGUUUUGAAACCCCCUUUCCAUAGCCCUGGUCCCCCACACUGUCCCCUCUCAAAAGCCGCUCAGAUCCACCCAUCUCUGAGUCUGCCCUAACCCACCUUUUUCUGCUUGCACGGUAGGUAACCACCACUUCUCUGACUUCACACAUUCCCCUUCCCACCGCAGCCAGAAUCUUUUUUUUUUCUUUUUUAAUGCCAAUUUGAUUAAGCUGUUCAGAUGUUUAAAACUCUGCAAUCACUUCUUAGCAUUUCUUGCAGUAGUGAUCUUAUGCUUCGAUGGCCUCUCCCACCCCAUCUCCCUCCCCAGGAGCCCCCUCCAUCUCUCAUCUGGCCUGCUAAGUUAUUUUCAGCUGCUUAAGGUGCUCUCUUCCCCUCAGCCGCAGCUGCCCAGCUUGUCUGACAGCUGCUUUCUCUGCCUUCCUGAGGUUGCCUAGGUAACUCCUAAUCAAUUGACUGGAUGUAAGGUCACUUCCUCUGGCCCUUGAGAAUGAAUCACAUCCCCAGUUCUACACUUUCUCCCGCUGGAAAUUGUCAUCAUCAGCUGGGUAUGGUGGUAUGCAAUUCCAGGACUCCAGAGGCUGAAGCUGAAGGGUCCCCAGUUUAAGGACAGACUAACAUUGUCUCAAAAUCACCAAAGGCUGGGCCUAUAGCUCAAUGGGAGGAUGUUUGCCCACUAUGUACAGGGUCCUGGAUUCAACUGACAGCCCCACAAAAAGUCACCACUAACUAAACAGAAUAAUGGUGGGGAAAUGUUGGUCUUCUCUUCAGCUUUGGUCACUGAGGGCAGGGACUUUACCAUUUGCCCUCAAAGCUCAGUGCAGUGGCUCAUACAUAGUGAAGACUCGGUAAUAUGAGCCGGGUGUGGUGGUACACAUUGUAGUUUCUGCACCCAUGGGCAGCAAGAUUGCCUGUUUGAGGCUAGCCUAGGCUACAUAGUGGGAUCCUGUCUCAAAAAAGAAAGAAAAGAGAGAGAGAGAGAGAGAGACAGAGACAGAGAGACAGAGAGAGAGAGAGACAGAGAGAGAGACAGAGAGAGAGACAGAGAGACAGAGAGACAGAGAGAGAGAAAGGAAAUAAAAGAAAAAAGAGAGGCAUCUGCUGAUUGAACACAAAAUGAACAAAUGAAUGUCAUAAAUUUGUUCAUAGUCAAGGCAGCAAGUUGAAACAAUAGCCAGUUUUUUGUUUGUUUGAGACAGGGUCUCAUAUAUUCAAGGCUGUCUCGAAUUCAAAACGUAGCCUAGGCUGUCCUUAACUGGCUGAUCAUCCUAUCUGUAGCUUCCAAGUACUGAGAUUACAGGCGCGCACCACCUUGACAACCACAGCCAAUUAUUGUAAUUUAUAGUUCGGAUCACUAGACUUCUGAACAAUGAGCUUGUCCUCAAUUUCAUUCUGAGUCAUUGGAACCACAGCAAAUUCACAAGCCGUCGAGUUCAAUUUCUCGGCCGUACCAUUUCCUUCAGAUGGCACUUAUUUAGCAAGGGGAUGCUGUAGGUAUAGUCAUUUUCCAUUUUUCAGUGAAGUAUAUGCUAUCUGGUUGCUUCAUCUUGGAUGGGCUAUUAUAGCAAACCAUGCCACUAUUUCUAAGAAGAAGAAGAUCCCACGUGUAGGCCAAAAAGAGCAAUUUUGUCUUUUGCAAUAGAGUUUCUUUUUCAAAAAAAAAAUGCUGUUAAUUUGAAAACUGAUACCUGUCAAAGCACAUCUUAUUAGGUGAGAUAGUCAUCAUCAUAUUCCCAGCCUAAACACGAGAAAAGAGAGGGCCACUUUAUUUAGCAAGGGGAUGUGGCCCAUGUGUUUUAUAAAAUUCAUGUAAUAUGGCCAGUGGUUCACGAAGCAGCUGGCACACUUAAAAGACAAAUGAGUUACCCGUGAAGAUGCCGGGAGAUCUGCUGCUCAAGGGUCUUUGUGCCAUGGAUGAAAAUGGAUUCAUUAUUUUUAAACUGCCUCUGCUCACGUCAGAGGCUCCCUCUUGCAGCCCGUCCACUGGUUAUAAGAACCCGGGAACUGCUGGCAGAUCGUAGGCUGGGCCAGGCGAAGCCAAUCUCCUGCACCAUGUCCAAAGUACCCCUCCUGCUGCUGUGGGCUGCCCUGGCACUGACCAGCCAUGUACAUGGAGCCAUGCUGAGAAAUAAAGACACGUGGAAGCCACUGAGCAACCCCAGGAACAGAGAACUGUUUUUCAGAAGCCUCCAGGCCUAUUUUAAAGGCAGAGGACUUGAUCUUGGGAGCCUUCCGAAUACCUUCUCCAUGAAUGAGGACCCCAGACCUCGCUCUUUCCAGGCGGAACAUAUUGCUUCUGCGUUUGCAGACUACGAAGAGCAGAAAAACUCCCUCCCUAAGUCCUACAAGGGCUGAAAGCCUCGGAGCCCAGGUGUCAUCAUGUUAAAGCUGCAGAAAAACUUUUCAGUAGAAAAUUCAACCAUGGCUGAAGUCUCUUGUGCGUUUUCCCUUCCUUAUUAGUCAAUUUAUAGUAAUUUUAUUCUACAUUUCUGGAUUUUGCAUGUACAAAAUUGGACCUUUGCAACAUAUGAUACUGACAUGCAUAUUUCAGGAGUAUUUCCCCCUUUAUGACCAUAAAGUGGGAGAUUGCAUGUAUUUGAAGGAGUUACAAAAGUACAAGUGAAAUAAAACGAUGAUUUUCCAAGUUCAAUGUUUUCUUGGAGCAUGAUUUAAAAUCGUCUUUUAUAUUUAUUACCUAUUAUUAAGCAAAAUUUUAUUUAAAAAAUGUGUUUACUUUUUACUACAGUGUAUUAUACAUAACGGGGAUUCAGACCUGUUUAUACAGUUUAUCCUAUAUAAUAGGGAUUCAGAUUUAGGAUUUGUCUUUUUUUCCUUCUAAAAAGAUGACAAGUCCCACUUUUAGCUUGUGACAUUGAAAGAACUCAUCACCUACUGAAUGAGGGUGAUGAAUGUCCACUGGAGUUGAAGCAGAAGACAAACAAGAUUCUAGUUGCCACAGGGUCUCUGGGAGAUGCUUUCAUGCUGCCUUCAAAGCUAAAAACUGCCCCAUGUCAAAUAUCCGUCUCUUCCCUAGCCUCCCUUUAAAUACAAGUCACUCAACAAGGGACAGUAGCAAAGGUGAAUUCCCCACUCCUCCAGCCAAGCCACUCCCCAUGUCACAGCUCCUACUGAGCCAUUCUGAUUCCAUAUUUUCACUUGAUAUACCUACUUUUCCUGUGUUUUUAUGAAUACUGGCAAUGUUUUCUGUGUGGUCCAAGCAAGGAACAUUGUCCCAGAAUUCACACAGCCCCGUUCUGGUAUCAUUAGUCUGUGUAUUCCAAAAUGUUUUACUAUAGCUUUUUGAGGACUGUCGAUGCUGAAUACGAAGAAUAAAACAUUUGUGCAAGAACCAGUUCCGCGUCCGACUUAGUAUAUUCUAUUGCAGUUAAUGAUUUAAGUGCUUGUCUCUGGAGGGUUGUGAGAUGUUUGGGAGCAGAAACCAUCAUGUGACUCUGUUGUUCUCCAGUGUCUGUCGUGGAGCAGGUGUUCAAUGAAUACUUGUUAAAUUUAAGUGUGUCUUCCAUCCUUCACACAGUACUGAAUGUAAAGCAGAAGACGCUUUAGUUAACAAGAUUAUUUUCCACCAUUUAAAAAUAUAAGCAAUUACUAAUGAGUUAUUCCUCAUCAAAGUAUAGCAGCAGCUCAUUCAGGUAAAUGGCUGGGUGAGGGGUUCCUCACUUCUAUGUGUUAAUAUCCUGA